AAAGGGAAAACCAAGCUAGUGGACUAGCGAGUUAAUAAGCGAGAGAGAGUUUGCGCAUCCGCUCGAAGCGCGAGCAGCAAGAUCGCCACCCGCCGUCGCCGUCGCCGCCGCCGCCGGAGAUCAGCGGGAAGCUGGUGUGCGUGCGAGAUUGUCCAGCUUCGAGGCUCGCGCUUCGAUAAUUGACAGCAGCUUUCUCGCGGAGUGGCAGCAUCCAGCGCAGAAGAAGUGAAGAAACGCAGGAAAAACAUUUGACCAUAUCCCAGCGGGCCUGAUUUUUGUGUUGGCAGGUUAGGUGCUACGUGCGUGGUCGUUAAACUUUCUACACGAGAAGCCCACCGAGCGUAUGCGUGGCCUAUUCGCUGCUGGCCGUGCGCUGUGAUUGUGUUUUUGUCUGCGCGAGAUUCUGCGCGAAGCAAGCCGCGGGAGGACGCGUGCGGAUGGAGUGCGUGUGCGCGUCGUGGUAGUGUUGGUUUAAAUGGCAAGAGCCCCGUUUGCUCGGUUGCGCAGGAAUGCAGCCACCCUACUCUGCUUCUGGUGUACAUUAUCUGAAGAAAAAUGUCAAUACGGGUAUGUCCCAGCAGGUUUGCAGCAUCAUCACGCGAGAUGAGUCCGGAUCGUGUUUGUGAUUUAUGUCGAGUGUUUUAGGGAGGCAGAAGAAGCCUUUGACCUUCGUUUUGAAUGUUGCACAGCGGUGAGAAUGAAUAGCCAAAAGUCGCAGCGAAAAAAGGGAUUGCGUGAAGAACUGACUCGUACACAAAAACGAUUGUCCAUCCGGUGGUGGCGUUACGUAUUGCCAGCAGAAAAAGCCUCCAGCGCAUCUCACGUAUAGCCGUUAGACGACCGAGCAGCUGAACGCUCGUAGCCUGCUACGAGAUUGUGUAAGAUAGCGGAAUUUUGCUGUCCGAUUUUAGGUUCAGACGAUCGCAGGAGCCAUCAUGCAUCCAGCAGCGGGCAGUGGUGGUGGUAGUACGGCGGUUGGUGGUAGUGCUGCUACUGGAGGCGGAGGCGCACAUCGAAGGCGCAAGAAACGAUCAAACUACGGAAUCCGCUCGGUGGAGGUGAACCGCGGCACGAAUGGGUUUGGAUUCACCAUUUCCGGCCAGCAACCGUGCAUUCUGUCCUGCAUCGUGGCCGGUUCCCCGGCCGAUCUGGCCGGUCUGCGGGCUGGCGAUUUUCUCAUCUCCGUCAAUGGUAUGAACGUGUCGAAGUUACCGCAUGAAUCGGUCGUACAGCUGAUCGGUGGUACACACGGAACAAUACGGAUGGCGAUCGCCGAGAAUUACUACUCAGACAGCUCGGAUGAAGACAUCAUGUUUCACGGGGCGCAACAGCAUCAGCAGCAUCGCGCUCGUCCGAAGUAUCCUCAUAAAGCAAAGUUCUCUCGAGCCGCUGCCGGUAACGGAGCGAUGGCUGGUAACGGCUCUGGAACAAAUAUUGGCCAACAAUCCACAAACGAUCGUACGACAGCGGUGGCUUGUGGUGGUACACCGAUCAAAGCGUUAUCUUCGCCGCCGCCACCGCUAGGUCAUCAUCAUCAUCAUCACCACCACCAACCACAGCAGCAGCAGCAGCAGCAUGACGAGAGUGGUGAUGAUUGUCUUAACGAAACGGCAACGUCGGCGACGGCCUACAACGUUAUCCAUAGCCCGAACGCUAGCAGCAGCUGUGAUAUCUCCAACGUUAGCGCGAUGGUACGCUCGGUUCAGCUCGGUGAAGAAUCUCCACUGCUGGCCGUCCAAGGUGGUGCCCGAGGAGCUGGGCCGGGUGUAGGAGCCGGUCAGUCGGAAGAAUCGCUCGAAUACCAGGCCGUGGUGGGGUACCUGGGAACGAUCGAGAUGCCGAAACAGAUUGCAACAAGCUCCAAGCUGCAGACGGUGCGCAGUUGCAUACGGAAGAUGCGUCAGGAGAAGCGCAAUCCUACGACGGUGCUGAUGACGAUACUGCCCUCUUGCCUGAAUCUAACCAACACCAGUAACAACCUGAUAGCCAAGUACGCCUCGGCGCGUCUAAGCUACGUCAGCAGUAGUAGCGAGAGCGAUAACAAGUACUUCGGGCUGGUCACGUCAGCCAUCUACGCCGAUGGGCUAAUGUGCGAGAGCAGUGACGUACUGUCGCACCGGAAGGAUGUGGUCAUCUCCAACAGUUGCCACGUGUUCGUGAUCGAUGCUAAGCUAGUCGAGCACGAGCUGCAUCUUGAGAAGGCAGCCCUAUUCGGGAUCAUCUGCACCAAGGAUCCGAUCACCAACCAGUGCCUCGAGUUUCCGUCCAACUCUGAAUACGUGGUCAACCUAAUACGCAGCAUGUACAGUCUAAAGUCACUGAUGAAGGUUGAUGCGGCCGGUGUAGGAGGAGGAAGGCCUCCCGUUGCGCGUAGUCUCAAUUUAGAUGGAUCUAAUACGAAUGGUCCCUCAGCCGCCGGUGGUGGUCGUUAUCCGCGUAAUCGUUCGGCGGAUCCUCGCCUUAAUGCACGGGUAGCAGACGAUCCUCACGAUGCGUUGGCCGCCAGCUCACCGCAACCGAGCAAUCACAGCGAAAUCACGACCACAUCAAGCAACUCGGAUUCAGGCAUCGGAUUCCAUAACGAUUGCCGCAACAUCUCCGACCGUAUCCUGCUGGUGGACUUUCCCGGUAUGCUUGGCCCGCAGCAGCAACGGUUACUGCAGCAGCAGCAGAUAGCCAACGUCCGGGCUCACUACCGCAAAUCGCAUCCGUUUCUGCGACCUGCCGGAAUCAUUAACGAAAUACCUCCGAAGCUGGAUCCUAUUCGUAACAUACGCAGUACGACGGGAAGUGGAGUAGCAGGACCUUCGGGAGUGCAGGGUCAGGAUCAUCUAGGUGCAUCGAGCAGUAGCAGUUCCCGCUUGCAGAUCGUCCAUGGUAAAUCGAAAUCGGCUGACUAUAGCUUUCCUUCCACGUCGUCGGCAAGCUUCGUCGACCGGUUGACUGUCCGGGCAAGGCCUGAUCCGAAAGCGUUCGCAUCCGAUAGAUCACCUUCUAAAGAGAAUGCCCUGAACUGCCUUCAUGCGCACGACGACGCAAUGGGCUCGGAUGGAGAAGAAGCAAGCGGCCCGGAUCCGUGGACUGAGGGACACACACUGGACGAGCAGGGCAAUGUGGUGCAGGAACGUGCCAUCGAUGUGCGCCCGAUGGCUGAUUUGUUUCGUGAUCUAGAGCGCUACAACACCGAUAACGUGAAGAACAGUCUCCUCGCAUCGGCACGCUCUUGUGACGAUAUGAUCCUUUCGCUUGGAAAGGAAGCAUCUUCUGGCUCACCGCCGGUUGAUGGGGGAGGAGAGGGUUUAGCAGAUUUCAUGCUCGACGCUGAAGCUUACGAGCGACUAAAGAUAAAGCUUUCGAUCGAUGAUCUUACCCUGGUGACGGGAGCCUCCGAACAAUUCGCUGCUGACGAUCGGCAGAUCGUUACAGGGAGUGCUCAUGAGAGAACCGCAUCCAAUGGUUCAGUUAUGAACAACGGAGGUGCCAAUACACAAACUCAAUCUUCGCAUCAACACGUCUUUCUGCAACCAUUGAAACCGGUAAAACGUUCCAAAAAAGCUUGCACUACACACACGUCGAAAGCAUCGGCGGGACGGAUGGCUGCUCUGCAUGGCCACAGCACGACAGACGAGAACUCUUCCUCCAAUCGUUCGUCAGCGCACGGUGGUGUGGUGGCUCGAGUCGGUGACAAGCUCGCUGCGUACAAGCUGAGUCCUAAAGUGUUUGGAUUGCCUCGUCCGUUCUCGGUAAGCUUCGAGAACAUAUCCACUCUGUCCCAGGACGGUAAGGGUGCAGGAACGCAUCGGAUGGACGAUGGUGCUAAUGGCGGACCUGUUGGUGGUACCGGAGGAGAAGGAGGAGCUGAACGGAACGCAGGUAGCCGCAAAGGAGUUUCGCACAAAUCUGGCCAUGGAACACCCGGCCGAGCGAGUCGCUCAGCUAAACGACUGAGCGGUGGCUUCUCGGCUAUUUGGGGCAGCCUGCAGGAGCUACGCACCGGAGGCUUCACAAGCAAGGGCGAUGAUAAGUCGCGGCAGCACGAUGAGUCCCUGCUAGCUGGUGGUUCCAGUGGUUCGGCACCGAAGCAGAAGGAUCGUGAGCGGCGUCUAAGUGGAAUGAAGAUCCUGGAGGCAACCUACAGCGAACCUGAUCUGCGUUUUGAUGAGGCUAAACCGAUCAACCAGAACGCAUCUCCGUUCCGACGCUGGGGACAGUCAUCGUUACGAUCGCGCUCGACUGAACAUCGGACGCCGAACUCGGCCAACCGCCGUCCAUCCUCGCUGGCCGCCUCCGAGAGUGACGUCUACACCAAGUCGAUCGACGAUGAUUACAGUUCGACCAAGAGUGGUUACAAUCCGUACGGUGGAACUGCCGAUACGGCCAGCAACGGUGCGCUGGCAUCAGAACACACGGCACCACCGGGAACAGGCAGUGGCAGUACUGGUGGCGGUACAGCGGCAAACCUCGGUGGAGGACCCGCUGGUGUCGCUUCGUGGGGUACCUCGUUCGAGAAGCUGCUCGAAGAUGCCGGAGGACUUCACACGUUUUCGGAGUUUCUCAAGAAGGAGUUCUCGGCCGAGAACAUCUACUUCUGGACGGCAUGCGAACGCUAUCGGCAGCUGGCGGAACGGGAGGAGAGGGCGCGCGAGGCGCAGGCCAUCUUUGCCAAACACCUCGAGACCGGUUGCAGUGAACCGGUGAACGUGGAUUCGAUCGCACGUAAUAUUGCGCUCGAAAAUCUACCCCAGGCCGAACCGACCCUGUUUGCCGCGGCACAGAAGCAGAUCUUUAACCUGAUGAAGUUUGAUAGCUACCAGCGGUUCAUCAAGUCGGACAUGUACCGGGUGUGCCAGGAGGCGGAAGCGAAGGGGCAACCGCUGCCAUAUCCGGGCGAACAGCUCGAUCCGAUGCUACGUACCAGCAUGCACGUGGCACCGGCGGCUGCCAGCGGGGCGGUGACGAAGCUCAAGAAAUCACUCAGCAAUGCGGAAGAUCGGCGCCGGAAGUCGUUGCUUCCGUGGCAUCGGAAGACGCGCUGCAAAUCGAAGGAUCGUGGCGAUGCAUCGGAUACAUCGAAGAAAGAAAGUAGCGGCAAGGGAGGAGCAGGAGGAGGAGGAGGAGGAACAGGUGGUUCAGGUGGUAAUGGUUCCGGCGGUGGCAAUGGUAGCAGCAGCGGUACCAACACACUCAAGCUGCUUUCGACCAACUCGACCGCCAGUGAUAUUCACAGUUCUCGAAGUUCCUUAGCAAGUUUCGAUGCCGCCAUCGGUGGUAAAUCGUACGAUCCGGAUGAGACCACCCGUAACACGCAGCUCUGCAGAGUGAUACUGUCAAACGGAGCGACCACCGUCGUGCAGACACGAUCGCACGAGACGAUCAAGGAGCUGGUCGAACGGUUACUCGAAAAGCGUGGUAUCGUUUACCAUGCGUACGAAGCUAUCCUAGCCGGUAGCAACAAACCGCUCGAUCUCGAUGGUCCUUCGGUAAGCCUGGCCGGCAAGGAGGUAAACAUUGACCAAUGGGUCGUGUUUAAGCUGAAUCUACCGAACCGGAAGAUGAUAUCGGUCAAAAGUAAGGCAACCAAACCGCUCGGUGACGUGCUGCGACCGAUACUGCAUAAGUACAGCUACGAGCUGGACCAGAUGCGCGUGUACUCGACCGACGUGUACCUGGAUCUGACACAUCCCGUCACCACGGUGCAUGGGCUCUGUUUGUACAUUCGGGCGGCGAAUGAGACAUCAGUCACAAACACGGUCGCCCAACCGGUCGUCAUGCCGGAGCUGGGGAAAUCACUGGCCGGGGCCCGGCCAGUCAUCAACACGGCCACUCAUCAGCAGAUCGUACACCACUUUCAGCAACAGCAGCAACAACAGCUACAGCAACAGUUGCAGCAACAGUCACAACUUAACAGUCAGUCGUCCAAUCUAACCCAACAGCAGCAGCAGCCGCCGCAGCAUGGGUUUGCUGUUCCUACGUCCAUCCCGCCAUCAGCAAUUGCUAAGAGCGGCACUACCAAUGGGUCUGCCAGCCUGUGUAAUAACAAUAACCUCUUGAGCGUGAAUCAUAAUCAUGUGCGGGGUAAGGAGCAGGAACAACAGCAACAAUUAUUGCUGAAGGACGAACCAGGGAAUGGUGUCGGUGGUGGUAUGGUUGUGGCUGGCCGGUCGCAGGAGCUGAACACACUCGAUGAGAUCACGAACAAGGUGUUCAAUGAGCUGAUGAGUGGCAAGACGGGUAGCAGCGGCUCGGGAGGGAUCGCUGGUGGUAAGGGACCCGAUGGGGACUGUGUGUCGGACACAUCCUCGAGCCGGCGUGAUCGUUUCCGGCGCCGUGGCUCGAACGCACCCUCCGACAGUGGCCGGGGAGCGAAAAGCAAAAAGUGUUCGACCGGUGGAUCCGAGGAUGGGUGCGAAAGUGUAAACAAUCUCGGGACCAAGAAGCCCAUCAUAGCCAAGCUAAAGGCCGGCGUGAAGCUGCAGAUACCGACGAGGUCACAGAAUGAUGAACUACUCGAGGGAUUGAAGCGUGCUCAGCGUAGCCGGCUUGAGGAUCAGCGUGGUACGGAGAUCAAUUUUGAGCUUCCGGACUUUCUGAAGGACAAGGAGAACUUCUCCAGAAAAGAGACAGGGGUACCGUCAGGAACUACCGGAGCAGCGCCUUCGAAGUUGGCACGCAGUAAACACACGACGCAUACACGACGAUCCGAAUCCGGCACGCCUACGGCUGAGUUCGGUGGUUCGCUGCAGCAAAUCAACAAACCUCAACCAGCCCCACGGUUGUCGAUCACUGGCGGUUUGCAGCAGCAACAGUUGCAGCAACAACAGAAUCGAAGCGCGGGACCAGGCUCCCCGGUACAGACAUCCGUUAGCGAUAGUCACCUCAACCUGUCGACCCAAUGCAACGCCUCGCCCCAUCCUAUGGAUGAUCCAUUCCGCCACAUGACCGGUGGGGGAGGGUCACAGUCAGAAACGAGUUACGCCGACACUACACUAGUCUUUACACACGUGUCCAACGUCACCGGUGGCGGUCAGUCGCCCACGGUACCCACUUCCGCACGCAUCUUCCCUGCACUCCCCUCGGAUGAUCACUCGGACAGUAGCGGCGAUGGGAUGGUUGGAGGACCAUCCGAUUUAACGGGAGUCCCCACGACUAAUGGCUGUUGCGAUCAGCAUCCCCUGACGGACUCUUCACCUGGCAGUUCACCACCGGCGGCGUCCCAUCUUCAUCCUCAUCAUCAUCAUCAUACGACGACAGGCAGUGCUAGUAGCGCCAACCCAGCAUCCCAAUCGUCCGGUACCACGUCUGGAGCAUCAUCAUACCACACUCAUUUCCCACUGCAUCAUCACCACCAUCAUCAUCACCAUCAUCAUCAUCCUCACGGCCAGCACUACCAUCACCAGCCAGGGCGAUAUCAGGCAACGGCGCUGCCGAAUGGUGUUGGUUCUAUCGUAUCAUCUGCCCAACCUGCGCCGGCAGUAGUAGGUUCUUCUGAAAGCGUAGCGGCAACAGCGAUUGGUGGCGACAGUCAGCGUGGUCCUCCACCGCUACCCCCCAAACCCAAAAUCCUUCCAAUAAAACCCUCUAACUGGGGCCAUCAUAGCACGGGCGUUAAUGGCGGCGUCAGUGGGUCCAUCCCAUCGUUUUCUAGUGGGCACGAUGGUCACUCGACCGUUAACCAGAGCUCGCAACAGUCUAGUAGUAAUCAAUCACCGCCUAGCCACGGUAACGGUGCCGGUAGCACAAAUGGUUUAGGGUUAGGCACGAAAACCAAUAUAAUGACCGCGUCUUCGUCCUCGUCAUCGUCCUCUUCAUCGCCAUCAGCGACGGGACGACGAGUGAUGACCAACGGAGGUAGUGGGGAAGGUGUGUCGACAGGAUCAUCGUCCGCAUCGUCGGCAGCUGUGAUCAGUUCCACGGUUGCCCAAGCUAGAAGUGUCUACUUUGAUCAGGGAAACAGCAGCUUUGUGUAGUCCAGAGAAGCAGGCUUAGCAAACAAGAAAAGGGAACAAGCGUGAGGGCUUCAUCUGUAAGAAGCGCGUGCAAUGCAAAACGAAAGUAGUCUUUAAUUUAGCGGAAUUGGCCGAGAAAGUGACACGGUCACACAUCCUGCUCCACGGGGUGUAGUGUAGAACCUUUUUAAAAGUGAUCUAGAGGUGUGAUUUGAAAGGAUAAGUAAUUUAUUCAUUGGUGUACGAGCGAGAGAGAAUCAACACCGACCAUCAUCUUCGUCUGUGUAAAUAGGGAUUGCCGUAGUUGACCCCGUCGUCAGUCACGAUUCGAUAGUUCUAGAAUAAAUAUGGUUUGAUAUUA